GACUUCAUUCUAGUUGCAGAGGGUGCAGCUUGCUGGCCCAUGUGGGAAUCGAACCUGCUGCCCCGUUGCCCAGAGCUCACAUUCUAAACAACUGAGCCACCUGUCCACCCUAAGCAAGUCUUUAGGUCUGUCCUAAAGCCCUCGAGCUCUAUCUCCAGCCCUAAUUUCUGCUGUGGGUCACCCAGGAAAUAGUUGCCUCUCCAGAGGAGGUGGGGUGGCAGUGGCCAAGGUCCAGGACCACCAGCAAGUCACCCUCUGGAGGCCUGAGACACAGCACCCUUUGUUCUGCCCCUUCCCACCCCCACAGUCCCAGGCGCUCCUCCUGGAUUAGCUUUAUCCAGGGAAAAGCCACAGAGGCCCCUCCUGGAAUGUGGCCUGGGGGUGGGGGGCAGGCAAGGAAUUCAGGUGAUUAGGAGUGGUGGGGGUCUCUCCCAGGCAGGGCUCUGCCCCCAGGACCACUAGGACCCCCAAGGCAGGGCUGUGUCCUCUGCCUACCCGGGGCUCGAGGAGGUAGCGGGACCUCCUGUGUAGCUCUCCCUGGGCAGGCCUGGGACGGGGCCCCAAGGUUGGUCUCUGCCCUGUCCCUUCUCUCCCAGGCUAAAGCCUCUUAGAGGAGGUAGGGGUGGGGGAGUACUCUAAGCCCGGGCUUGGGGUAGCUAGCUGUGGAGCUGUAGGGGUGAAGGCCGGGCCAGCAGCUGAUCUGCCGUCAAUAAAUGCCUUCAGCUGCACCCCUCCACCCCUCAUCAGGCUAGGCUUCACGGAGGGGCCAGUAGGGUGGCCCCUCCCUGCAGGCCUCAGAUGUGAGGCUAGAUACUCAAACCCGCUGGACAGCUCUGGUGAGUAUGGGGCGAGGGCUACCAGGGACCACCCUCUUGUCCCAUAACAAGAGGACGAAAGACAGGAAAAGCCAGAACCUGGUCCUGGUGGGGCAGGGGCAGAGUCCCAGAUACCCACAGGUCCUUGGUAUUGUCCAACGCUAGGAGGGAGACCCCAGGUCUGGAGGGGCUGUGGGAGGGAGGCUCCUGCCCCAGCUGUGGGGCAGGGGGUCGGUCCUGUCUCCGACCACCCUCUUCAUCUGUUCUGGGGGCACAUGGGAAUGCUGUGUGAACCCCAGGUCCAAGCUCCAGGAGUGUGAGAGGCUUCAGAGCCAGUUUCUGCAUGUGUAGGGAUUGGGGUGCUGCUAGGAGUUUGGAGAGCAGAAUGUCUCUUUCCUGUUGCCCCCCCAAAGAUCCCCAUCUGUCCAGUGGGAGCCAGAGCUCCAACCCCCACCCCAAGAUUCUCUGCUAGCCUGCGGUGAUCACUUAUCUUACAGGUGCAGAAAGUGAGGCUCAGCAAGGGAGGGGACCUGUCCAAAUCACAGAGGAAAUCCAUGGCUAAGCUGGGAUGAACUGGAAUUCAGCUUCCAUGGAUUCUGAGACAAGGCUAAUGUUCUGUUAUAAAUGUCUUUUUGUUUUAUUCCCAUAAUGUUCUAAUGACAAUAGUCACUCUUGAUCAUAGAGAAAAAUUAGAAACACACCACAAGGGCAAGGCGGAACAUAAACUACCCAUUUUGCUGCUAGUGCCUGUCCCUCACUUUGUUCCUUUGUCCUGAUGUAACUGGAGGGCAUACCGAGCUGGGGCUCGUACUGACUGCACCGCUCAGCCAACAGACCCACACAGGAGUGGGUCAUAGAAUAAGCGUUUAUUAUCAGAGCACCGGUGGCCUGAGAAGGCAGCGGGUGAACACCUCCAAAACCGCCUCACACUGUCAGACCGGCUGGGGGUAUUUAAGGGAAAAUCAGGGAACUCUCCCAGAGGCUGAAGGACAGUCCCAGAGGUGUAUUCUUUCGUGAUGCCCCCUUCUGUCCUAUCUCUUGUGGUGCCAGCGAUCCAGGGACGGUGGGGGGGAGUAACCUGGGGAAAAUGCUGAGCAAUGGAGUUUGUGAUUAGCAAGCAUCUACAGGGUGGUGGCGGGACGGGCGUCCCGGAGGCAUCUGAGCUCACGCUGCAGGGGUGUGAUUCACUGUUUAAGUGAAAAGUGAAGCCAGCUGGAUGGGGGCAGGGUUCCUACUACAGGGAGCCCACUUGGGCCCUGCUUCACUGAGACCCUCAAACAUGCACGCUGGGAACACUAGAGGUCCCCACCCACACACUGGCUGCCCCUCUCCUGCCACCAUUAGGUCCUGAGGAGCAAGGAGUGCCCACCCUCCAGAGUGAGCCAUCCUGAAGUCAGGACUCAGGUGGGUAGGGACCUAUUAUCCUCCUGUCAUUCUUCACACACCCCUGGGAGGAGGGCAGGUUCCCACCACGGUUUACCCACCUGGCUUCAUUCCCUGAGCAAGGCUCACGUGGGUGGGCCCUGCCUUGGUUUUGCCGCUUCAUCUCCAUCCCCCUUCCUUGUCUGGGCUACAGACACUCACGCUCACUCUUGUCUCCCCUCCUCCAGCAGAGGCAGUGGUGAUGGGCGCUGGUGGUCCCAGGCGGGGCGUGGGCCCCCCAGAUGGCGGCUGGGGCUGGGCCGUGCUAGGCGCUUGCUUCGUGGUCACCGGUUUCGCCUAUGGCUUCCCCAAGGCCGUGAGCGUCUUCUUCCGCGCACUGAUGCGUGACUUCGGUGCCGGCUACAGUGACAUGGCCUGGGUGUCCUCCAUCAUGCUUGCCAUGCUCUACGGCACCGGCCCGGUGUCCAGCAUCCUCGUGAAUCACUUCGGCUGCCGCCCGGUGAUGUUGGUGGGUGGGCUGUUGGCCUCGGCAGGCAUGGUCCUAGCAUCCUUUGCCACACGUCUCCUGGAACUGUACCUGACGGCUGGGGUGCUGACAGGCCUGGGCCUGGCCCUCAACUUCCAGCCGUCGCUCAUCAUGCUGGGGCUGUACUUUGAUCGGCGGCGGCCUCUGGCCAACGGGCUGGCGGCGGCCGGCAGCCCCGUGUUCCUGUCGGCGCUGUCGCCGCUGGGCCAGCAGCUGCUCGAGCGCUUCGGCUGGCGCGGCGGCUUCCUGCUGCUCGGCGGCCUCCUGCUGCACUGCUGCGCGUGCGGCGCGGUCAUGCGGCCCCCGCCGGGGCCCGGGCCUCGGCUUCGCCGGGACAGCGCGAGCGGCGCCCCGGGAGAGGAGGCGGCGGACGGCGCCGGGCGGAGCCUGCGCGCGGCGCCCCCUGGCGGGCGGCCCCGCCGACGCCUGCUGGACGUGGCCGUGUGCGCCGACCGCGCCUUCGCCGUGUACGCGGUCACCAAGUUCCUGAUGGCGUUAGGGCUCUUCGUGCCCGCCAUCCUGUUGGUGAACUACGCCAAGGACGCGGGCGUGCCUGACGCCGACGCCGCCUUCCUGCUCUCCAUCGUGGGCUUUGUGGACAUCGUGGCGCGGCCAGCGUGCGGCGCCCUGGCCGGCCUGGCUCGGCUGCGGCCGCACGUCGCCUACCUCUUCAGCCUGGCUCUGCUGGCCAACGGGCUCACGGACUUGAGCAGCGCGCGCGCGCGCUCCUAUGGCGCCCUCGUCGCCUUCUGCGUCGCCUUCGGCCUCUCCUAUGGCAUGGUGGGCGCGCUGCAGUUCGAGGUGCUCAUGGCGGCCGUGGGUGCGCACCGCUUUCCGAGUGCGCUGGGCCUGGUGCUGCUCGUUGAAGCCCUGGCUGUGCUCAUCGGACCGCCCUCUGCCGGCCGCCUGGUGGAUGCCCUGAAGAACUACGAGAUCAUCUUCUACCUGGCUGGCUCUGAGGUGGCCCUGGCCGGGGUCUUCAUGGCUGUCGCCACCAACUGUUGCCUGCGUAGCUCUCAGGAUGCCCCGCCCAGCCCAGGCACUGAGGGUGGAGCCAGUGACACCGAGGACGCCGAGGCCAAAGGGGACUCAGAGCCCCUGUCCACGGAGGAGCCCGGUGGCCCUGAGGUCCUGGAGGUGCCGCACCCUGGGACUGGGUCAGCAGAACCCGACAUGGAGGCAGAGCCAGGCCAGGGCUAGACGCAGAGUCUGUGUCUAGGAUGGCUGGCCAUAGACUCUAGGAACAGGGCUUCCCCUCUCAGAGCCCCGGCUGCCUCAAGAGAGCCUGGCAUUGGAGGCGGCUCUGGGGUGGCCACCCCCCGGGGUCCAGGUGGGGAGCUCUGUCCCUCAUCUGCCCAGUGGGCCACGGCUAGGUCCUGUCCCCGCUCAGUCAAGCAGCUGGGCCACGUGAAACAAGUUCAUAAAGCUCAGCUGAAAGACAGAAGGUUCUGUUCCUGCACCUCCAUUGCGGCUCUGGCUGUAACUGGGUAUGGGGG